AUGGCGCUGAGUGGCAGGCACCUGUCCGUGGCCUCCGACGAGUGGAUUCCCUGGGUUGAGAUCGCGGCCGAGGACUCGUGGGGCGGCAUCGCUGUCACGGUGCUCGAAAUCCUGGCCGAGAAGUUGAAUUUCACGUACCACUACGUGAGACCUCUUGACCAAGAGUGGGGGCGGAAGCUUCCGAAUGGCUCCUUUACUGGAUUGGUCGGCAUGCUGGACAGGAGGGAGGCGGAUUUGGCGCUGGGUCCGUUGUCCAUAUCGUGGGACAGGUAUCAGAGGGUGGAUUUUUCCACUUUUCUCUACAUGGACUGGUGGGGGAUCCUUCUGCCUCGCCCUCGCCUGGAGAGGGACUUCGCCGGGUUCCUGAAGCCGUUCGCUCCUGAGGUGUGGCUGGGGUUCGGCGCCUCCCUCCUGGUGACCAUAAUCUUGGGAGUGAUCCUCAGGACCCUGACGCCUGACUCUCUGCCAGAAAGCAAGUCGUCCUUCAACUUGGCUUGGAUCGCGCGAACUGUCAUGAACGAGGCCACAGAAUCACUGCCCUUGUCGGUGUCGGGGAGAACCUUCCUGGGCACUUGGCUGCUUGCUAUGUGUGUCCUGACCUCGGCCUACAGCGGCGUCCUGACCUCGCUCCUGACGGUCCCGAUCAUCACAGUCCCGGUCGAUUCUGUGGAAGACCUCGUCUCCUACGGCAAAAUCCCUUGGAAUCUGGAGCGCGGGACAUGGAUGCACGAGGGAUACGCACGAUCAAAUUCGAAACUGGGGAAAAAGGUGUUUGAAGGAGCCGGCAUAGUGGCUUCUGCCUGGGACAUCCGUGAUCGCAUUAAGAAUGAGCGCGUGGCGGUCUUUACUGGUCAUUUCAACAUGAAGAAGGUCAUGCAUCACGAUUACACGGAGACCGGCCAGUGUAAUUACUACAUCGGCAAGGUUCCUCUCUCGUCGUCCCUCCUUUCCAUGGCGUUCCCCAAGGGCAGUUCCCUCGUCCCUGCUUUCAACAAGUGGUUAACAUCCCUGGUGGAAACUGGCCAGGUGACCCGGCUUAUGUCUGACCUGACCUCUAACGCUAAAGUAUGUAUGGUAAGGCCCGGAAAGGAGAAGAAAGCAAACACACCGCUGGUUCUGACCUUAGGUGACCUCGGUGGAGUAUUCUUCCUCUUGGUUAGUGAAAUUCGAUUGAGUAUUCAUGACAUCAUAGUUUCCAUGGGCACUUUCAAGUUCUUCAGAAGAGCUUGCCUGUAUUUAUCCUCCAAACAAAGUGCUUACAGCAGAUUAUGA